GAGCACAAUCAUUUAGUGAAGAGCAAACGAAUCGUCCGACAAGAUACCGCACUGGACGAUCAGUGGGUUACAUCAAUCACUCGGUCAUAGCGUCAUAGCGCGUCUCGCCGUAAAGCCAGAGAACCGCAAGCCUAAUAUCAGGUGCGCAUCUUCAGGCGCGUCGUCACUUCUGUCUGUCACAUUGCGUCCACGCGAUGUUCUUUAAACGCCACAGCUGCACUGCAGUCGGUACAGUGACGAUACAGCUUCGGCAAGAUCUCAACCACAGAUUCUAACGAGCAGGGACAAAUAUAUCUUCCGCAACGGCGUCCACCCAUGGCGUUCACCGCCAAGCAUACCUUUUUCGGCUCCGGAAGCUGUCUCGACUGGCGGCUCACAUCAUUCGUGAACGCUUUCCCUCCGGACAGACUGUGCAGCUUCUGCAACCUCGUCGUUCCCACGCUGGCCACGUUGCCCUGCGAGCACACGGUCUGCAAGACGUGCUACGACCUCCGCCCACGCGACCGCUGCCUCCUAGAUAAACAGCCCUUCCGGGAGGUGCACGUCACGUGGAAGACCUUCUGCAGGGACGACGUUCUUCGCCUCGAGGUACGCUGCUGGAACGCGCCACACGGCUGCGACUUCAUGGGCGCCGUUCUCGCGAUGCUGGAACACUUCGCCAGUGCCUGCGCCUACCACGCCGUGAACUGUCGCGCGUGCGCCCGAAAGGUCGUGCACGGGGACCUUUGGAGGCACCUCGAGUCCGGCUGCGCGUCGCACCGUUACGCCGAGCUAGAACCUCUGGGCGACAACCUCGCGAACACGUGCCCGGAAAACUCCGCUGAGCGAACGAUUGUCGCGCUGAGCGGUCAGCGGCCUUUCUCCGAGACGGACCGCGCGACGCCGCCGGCGACAAUAGCCGACGAAGCCGAAACCGCGCCACGACACGCGAAUGCGGCCAGCCUACCGGCCGAGAGUCGAACCGCGCUCCCUGUGGACGACCGGGGAGAGAUCGAGGAUAUUGCUACUGGAAGAAGCCAGAGCGCUGGACUUUUCCUCGAAAGAGAGUCGAAGUGGAGCUUGGAAGACGCGUUCGAGGUCGUAGAAGUGGCAGCUGGAGCGGCCCAGGCCGCAGUCCUUACCGCCCCAGGCUCCAAUAUCGAUGCCUUCGGUGCAGUCGGGAGGACGGCGGUCGUCCCCGAAAACGCGCCGACUCGUUGGAGAACGUCGUCGACGCAGAAGGAAGUGGGGGUGGGCCUCCGACACGCAGCUGGUGUCGGUGCAACCGCCGGUGAUCCGAUAAGCGUUUCCGAGCCUUACGAAUGGUGCAUAGAUGACGUGCCGUCCUUCAUAGCUUUCCGGUUGAAUUCGGAUCGUCCGAGGCGUCUGUUCAGCGCAACGCGGUAUUAUUACGGCUACCGGAUCGUGGCGGAGGUGGUUAUCUCUCCCACGCAUCCGUACAAAAUUCGACUUAAGGCGUACGCGUUCGGCGGAGCUUUCGACGAGUUACUGACGUGGCCCGUGAAUAGAACGCCGACGCUGCAGUUCGUUCAUCCAAGCGAUUGCAGCCGCGACUUCGUAAUGAGCGAGACCACGCCAUGGGGGAAGGACUUCACGAAUGGUACCCCCCGAGGCGCCCUCUACACGUGGGCGGGCGCGAUGUUCACAAGCAUCGCCGACUUGAACGAGCGAGGCUGCAUCGCGAACAGCAAACUUCGCUUCCGUUUCGAUUUGGUGUAGCUGCAAUCACUGCAAGGCGGUCGCAGCUGAUAAACCGAUGUUCCUUCCCUCGAAUGGUGGCCGCUUAUCAACGUUAGCACACUUUUGCUUUGCUUUGCUGUGGCCAACAAUGUUCUUUUAUUUUUACUUUCUUGGACGUACGCGGAGACGACCUAAACCUAGCGUUGAACUUAGAAAAAAAUCUUAGCUCCAGAAGGCGAGGAAAACACAAUGCGCUAUACGCCCCCGACUGCUGGCACUAAAAAUGUUUUACAGGUUAGGCUGUCAACAUGCCCAAAAUACAGCAGUCUUAAACCUCGUUUUUAACCGCUUUCCUCACCCUCCCAACUUCUUCCCAGAAUGCAACUGGCGGUUACACUCCUUGUUUUAUUUUACAGUGCUCGAAAUAAGCGAAAUUCUCGCUUUCGUUCCUGCCAGCGAUACGUGCAACAAAAGUCAUGAUCUGCAUCUUGCGAAGCAUUUCGUUUUGCCAUAACCUUAUGCCAAGUAUAGGUCUCUGCACUGUGGCGUUUCUUAGGCAAUACAACAAGCGUAUUUUGUUCGGUAAAAGCCGGAACACUUCACAACACAACGCUGAUCGAAACAGUGGAACCACUUCUCGAAAAAGAUUUAGAUCACCAGGCUUUCCGCUGCAGAGUCUGCGGCUGCUCACCCAAGCUGUAAAGGACCAAGGUUAUGUGCAAACACGGGAGAAACCUUAGAAGCGGUAGAGGUUCACAAGAUGAGGGACGUCUGUGUCACACCCUUCGGUGUUUUAUUACGGCGAAGCUUUCUUUGCCUUUCCCACUGCUGCUGCUGUCUGGCACACAGGGUCGGGGACUGGUUCAGAGCAUGUGUAUACAUGACAGGAGCGCGGCAGAAAGAAAAGGUGACGUGAGAAACUCGUUUGGACUUUUGCACUGUGGAUGGAUGCUGUGAGUGUUCCCUUCGGAACGGGGUGGCUGGUUGCGCCACCAAGCUUUUGUUAUUCUCUUGUCUGAUGUCCUACAUAUGUUAAAAAAGAAAGAAAACAAAACAAGAUGAAUUCCCAUAACCAAACUUUGUGAACCCCUAUUGUGAACUUUGUUUCUGCGCGCCUCCGCUGUUCGACGUUUCCCUACUUCUGUUCGAUCCAAUCUUCCGAUCACCGUUUACUAACUUCUACUACGGACAUGCUUACUUGACCCCUGGUUCCGCUGAACCCAAGGGCUUCAAGAAGGCCAGCGAUGCCUAAAUUGACCGCUGGGCAGAUAUCUUCAUUCUAAUAAAACAUGCUCCAUCGUUUCUCUAGA